AUGAGAGCCUUUACCAUCAUUGCCGCGACCCUGCCCCUGGCGGCGGCCAAAGUCUCCUACGAUGGCUUCAAGGCUUUCUCGAUCGACAGCCACGACAACUUUGACGCCGUCGAGGCGUCUCUCGCUGGCCUGAACUACGUGUCUCUCAGCUGUCAGGAUGACCACGACCACCUCGACGUCGCCAUCGCUCCGGAGGAUCUCGCCGCCUUCGAGGCCCUUAACCUCGAUGCUAAGGUUACCUUUGAGGACUUUGGCGCCGAGCUUGCUGCUGAGGGCGAAUUCGAAUCCUACACUGCCACCCGAAAGAUCAAGGGUCGCAGCGCGCAGGACCUCCCCGACCUCUCGUACUUCAACUCGUACCACGAGCUGGAGGAGCACCACCAGUAUCUCGAGGAUCUGCAUGCUGCGUUCCCUGACAACUCGGAGAUUUACACUGCUGGCGAAUCGCUCGAGGGCCGUCCCAUCAAGGGCAUUCACCUUUGGGGCCGUGACGGACCCGGCAAGCACGAGGCCAUUAUCUGGCACGGUACCGUUCACGCGCGUGAGUGGAUCGUCGCUCCGACUGUUGAGUACAUGGCCUACAAGGUCAUCGAUGGUUACAAGAAGCGCGCUUGCAGCUCCGUUCGCACCCUCGACAACUACGACUUUUACAUCAUGCCUAUUGUGAACCCUGACGGUUUCGUCUUCACCUACACCGAGAACCGCCUCUGGCGUAAGAACCGCCAGGUCCGCACUGGAGCUUCCUGCAUCGGCACCGACAUCAACCGAAACUGGCCCUACAAGUGGGACGUCCCCGGCGGCUCAUCGACGAACCCGUGCUCAGAGACGUACCGUGGCCUCGCCCCCGGCGACACUCCCGAGAUGCAGGUCCUCACCAACCACACCCUCGGUCUCUCGCGCACCACCGGCAUCAAGUUCUUCGUCGACUGGCACGCCUUCAGCCAGCUCAUCAUGCUGCCGUAUGGCUACAGCUGCACCGAGGUUGCCGCGAACAACGACUACCAGAUGAAGCUCGCCGCCGGCGUCAACGAGGCCAUCAAGAGCGUCAACGGCCUCAACUUUGUCUUCGGCCCCACAUGCCCUACUAUUUACCAGACUUCCGGCGUUUCCAUGGACUGGGCUUACGACGUUGCCAAUGCCGAGCUGUCAUGGGGCUUUGAGCUCCGUCCUGCCAACCAAGCCCAGGGUGGCUUUGUUCUGCCCCCCAGCCAGAUCCUGCCCUCUGGUGAGGAGAACUGGGCUGGCAUGAAGUGGCUCUUUGCCAACUUCUAA